AUGGCGCGCUUCGCGCACCAGGGAGGGGGUGUCCAGCGCGGAUCCCCGGAGAUCCGUGCGGAGCGCCAGAAGUUUGCGGUCAUGGCAUGUCUUCUUCGUCUGUGCCGGGUGUACAUAGGGUCCUCGGCGACGGCACCGAGCCUUUCUCGCGGGGGCGCAAAAAUAGUUAUCCACGCCUCGGGCCUCGCGUCUUUGGCCAGAUCGAAGAAGACUGUGUUUUGGUCUUGCUGGUGGCUUCGCUCAAUUUUUGGCACGGCGUCGCGGGGUUGUGGUUGGUACCUCCUCCUGACGCCACGGCCGCGACAGUCCACCGCAGCCAGUCCUGAAGGUGCGCCAGAGCCGCCGGAGUGCGGGCUGGCACCUCUGCCUGACGCCACGGCCUUGCGAGUCCACCGCAGCUGGUUCUGA